CUCCUGCAGUUCUAUAACAAGAGGAAAACUUAUUUUGCUCACGAUCCUCAGCAGCAGUGCCUUGUGGGAGACAUCGUCCUUCUGAAAGCUUUGCCAGUGCGGAGGACCAAGCAUGUGAAACAUGAACUGGCAGAAAUCGUGUACAAGGUUGGGAAAGUCAUUGAUCCUGUGACCGGGAAGCCCUGUGCAGGAUCGAAACUCUUGGAAAGUGUAACAGACUCAGAAAACCUCACUGAUAGAGACACCAGCUUCCUUAGUGAAAAACUUCAAGAGCUCACUGUUUCCUCUCCAGAUAAAUGAAGGGGAGGCGAGGCUUUGUAAGACGGGACUUUUCUUUCAUGUCUCUUUGAAGGGGUUGUACGUGACAUGGUGCUUCUGUGUUUUUAAGAUGGUGGCAGUUAAUAAUAAUAAAAUGGAGUUAACUGUU